AUGUCGGUCCUCGUCCAGGACAUCUCCAAGGCCUUCGACUCCGUCGCGCGCCGCGCGGGGAAGGAGCUGUCUCUCCGUCGACUUGCAGUUCCCGAGUCAGUGAUUGACCUCUUCGGCCAGAUGGACGAGGGGAACCGCGCCGUCGUCGUCACGGCGUUCGGCCGUUCGGACGAGGUCGUCGGCACGGAGGGCGUCUUCGAGUACCAUCGAGCCGCGGCCUCCGUGAAGACGCUGAUCCUGCUGGCGUGCCCCGUCGUCUCCCUGCUGACGGCGUCCGUGGCCGUGCUCGCGGAGCAGGACGCGUCGCGGCGCGCGCUCCGCGCGCAGGCGCUCGGCCGGCGCCGCUUCGCGACGAAGACGGACAUCGGCCGCACGUGGAAGUCGGUCACGGAGAUCGUCGAGAUCGAGUCCAAGGCCGACACCGACGCCUGGACGGGCUUCGUCCGCGCCUUCCUGCCCGCGCCGCUCAUCGCGGGCGCCGUCGCGAGCCUCAGCGAGUCGUCGGGCCAGGACGCGGCCGUGCUCGCGUCGAUCGUCGCGACGGCCUGGGGGGGCUUCCAGGUCGCCGUGAGCUUCGUCGCCUGCGAGUACAACUUGGCGCGGGGCGAGGAGAGCGUCGCGGCCAAGAGCCGCAACGCGGGCAUCGCCGAGGCCUACAGCGCGCAGGCGGGCAAGGCGAACGCGCAGGUGCCCUACGCGCACGCCAUCUCCGUGCUCUGCGUGGGCACCGCCGCGCUCCUCGUCGAGGCCGUGCCGAAGAUCCUGGCGCUGCCCCUGCCCUUCAUCUCCUACGCGGCCGUCCGCCGCGCGGCCAAGUACCGGUCCCGCACGCGCGGCGACGCGGCCGCGGUCGCGGCGUCGGCCGACCAGCUCGCGGGCCUCCAGGACGGCUCCGACGACGACCCGCUCCUGCCCCUGAAGCUCACGUGGCAGAACUUCCGCGGGACCGUCAGCGCGACGAAGAAACAAAUGGUGUUUCGCGUGCUCGUCGGCGCUCUCGCCGCGGUCGGUUGCGUCUUCGGGGGGUCCCCCGCGGCCGUCGCCGGGCGCGGGGACGCGCCCGCGGCGCCGGCGCUCCGGUCGCUCGGCGUCAAGGUCCUCGCCCAGCGGCGCGAGCCCGAACUGCGGCGCCUGCUCGCGUCCCUCGACGCGGCGGACUAUCCCGACGCGGCGGACAUCUCCGUGGAGAUCUUCGUACUCAAGACGGCCCGCGCCUGGGCGUCGACGUGGCCCCACGGCGAGGCGAUCGUCGUCGACGUCAAGGAGAACCGCGGCGUUCGAGGCGCGUGGUUGGCGGCGUACGACCCGUCGGUCUUCGGCGACGAGGGGCGGCGCGCGGUCGUCUUCGAGGACGACGUCGUCGCGUCGCCGGCGUGCUGGUACGCCAAGCUCCCCGAGAUCGUGGCCAUGUCCGGCAGCGCCGGGGCCGGAGAAGCGGGAGUGGACCCGGACCUCUACGAGAACGUGAAGCGUGCCCUGACGGGCGGCGAGGGCUCGGCGGCGAUCGCGCGCGAGUACGGCGCGCGGUCGAAGCAGAUCAGCGCAGCAAUCGCGAACGCAACGCGCGUGAGUUGCCGCAGCCCCCUGCAGAAGGCCGAGAUGCAGAGUCUGACGCUCGACGACCUCCUCUCGGCAGCGGAGGCCGCGCUACCCUUUUACGGCGAGCUGCUCCAGGCCAUCGCUGACGAUCUUGCGCACCCCGUUGAGUUCCUCAGGUGCCCCACGGUCAAGGCCAAGGCUCGCGCCUCGAACAAGGUGACGAUCAAAUACGGCGGCGACUGUCGCCACGUCAAGGACCUCGUCCGUGGGACCUUUAUUUUCGAGAGCCUCGAUAGCAUGUACGCGGGCAUCGAGGCGAUCGUCACGCAUCCGCUCCUCAACGGCCACGCUCAGUGCGUCGUCGACUUUGACGACCGGUGGCAGGCGCCGCUCUCGGGAGGCUACAGCGACUGCCAGCUGCUUAUCUGCAUCAUGGGCCACCUCUGCGAGCUCCAGGUGAACGUGCGGGAGAUGAUCGUGGCGAAAAAGGGCGGAGGGCACGUCGCCUACGACGUCUGGCGCUUCGUGAACGAGUACCUCCUCUUCGCGUCGAUUCAGAACGACGUCGUCGGGAUGCGGAAGCUGCUGGCGAGCGGGCUCGUGACGUCGGCGCCCGACGCGAUCAAGGACCAGAACGG